AAAACAAAGGCACUUGGUUAUGACGCUACUUCCGCCAGCAUUUCAUUCGCUCUUGAAAGUUAACGUGGUUUGAUUGAAACUGAGGACAGCUAUGCAGCCCCUUGGUCAUCCACGUUGAAAACAUAGCACAGCUUCAGGUUCCCGUGUUUAUUCCCCUGCUUCCAUCCCCUCCUUACCUGUUGAGUGAUGUCCGAGCUGAUGGUGGCUCUGGUUCAGGCCUCGGAGAAGGCCGCCAACAUCGCCCGGUCUUGUCGCCAGGAGGAGACCCUCUUCAGCUUGCUUAUAGAGGAGAAGAAGAACGACAACAGAAAGGUUUCAGCCGACUUCAAAACUCUCGCAGACGUCCUUGUCCAAGAAGUCAUCAAACAUGACAUAGGAAAAAGGUUCCCAGGUCUUGAAAACAACAUAUUUGGUGAAGAAACAAAUGAAUUCAUGAAUGGAUUAGGAGAGCGGAUUCAGGUAGUGGUGUGCGAGCGGGAGGAGGACACUGCCAGGCUCCUCAGCAAGGUCCUGGAUGGAAACAUGCAGGCCGCUGAGGCGCUAGCGUCUGCAGCACACCAGGACAUCAUCAUCCCAAACCUGCACACCGGGUCCAUCCACAUCCCCAUCCACGACCUGGGCGUGUGGGUAGAUCCUAUAGACUCCACGUUCCAGUACAUCAAAGGAAUGAGCAACUGUGUGCCCGAGGACAGCAUCUACAGCCGAGGCCUGCAGUGUGUGACCGUGCUCAUCGGGGUUUAUGACCUGCAGACAGGAGAGCCAGUGAUGGGGGUCAUCAACCAGCCAUUUGCAGUGAUGGAUGACAGUAAAAGGUGGCGCGGCCGGUUCUUCUGGGGAAUCUCUGCUGGACCUCUCAGUGUGAACUCCCUUUCGUCCACAACAGAGCCUCUCUCCAGAGGGGACUCCCAAAACCCGGUAGACCCCAACCCGGAGGUGCGGGCGGCCAAGCUCUCGGCCGUGCUGAGCACACGCGAGGUGAAGCGUGUUCGGGCCCUGUUCCAGGACUGCUGUGAGAGGGGUGUGUAUUACGCGUCGGGCGCCGGCUACAAGGCCCUGUGUGUGAUCCUGGGCCUGGUGGACGUCUACGUCUUCACGGAGGACUCCACCUACAAGUGGGACAGCUGCGGCCCCCACGCCAUCCUCCGCUCGCUGGGCGGGGACAUGGCCGACCUGAAGGAGUGCCUGAAACGCAAGCAGGCGGGGAGGCCAAACGAGAGGCCUGAGCUGCUCUACAAUACGCCCGUCGCCGAGGCCUCGGGGACGGAGAAGUGGGCCAACAGAGGUGGCCUGAUUGCCUACAGGUCAAAGGCCGACCUGGAAGCAGUCCUACAGCUUCUCACAACGAUUGAGUUAUAGUGUUACUUUUAAUAGGAGAUGAAGGGUAUCAGUGCAAUAUGGAGGUUUUUUAUUUAACCAUGGCGUUAAUUUAUGAUUCAGUGUUAGCAAAAAGUGUUCCAUAUGCUGUUUUAUCUUUUUGUGUCUUUUUAUAAUUAUGCUUGAGGUGUCAUGCAUUUAUUUGUAUGUUUUACUGAAUGUAUUGCAACUGGAUAUGCACUCUCAGCACAACUUUAUUUAAGAUGUGGUAUUUAAGAUUAGUGUAAUGUUAUUACACAACAGCUGUAUUCAAGAUUCCACACUGGCAAUACUCUCUCCUAUGUGAAAUACUGUACUUGACUGUAUUUUUUUUGUAUUAAGCUACUUGCGAGAGAACUGUUGUAUUUGCGGUCCUCACUGCAAAUAAUGUUUACAUGAUGCACAAUCCAGAUUAAACGGGAUUGCAAAAUUUAAAA